UUGCCAGAUGACUCGGUGCCCGCUGUCUUGCCAGAUGACUCGGUGCCCGCAGUCUUGCCAGAUGACUUGGUGCCCGCUGUCGAGCUUGACGACCCGAUGCCUGCUGUCUUGCCAGAUGACUCGGUGCCCGCUGUCUUGCCAGAUGACUCGGCGCCCGCAGUCUUGCCAGGUGACUUGGCGCCCGCAGUCUUGCCAGAUGACUCGGCGCCCGCUGUCUUGCCAGAUGACUCGGGGCCCGCUGCCUUGCCAGAUGACUCAGUGCCCGCAGUCUUGCCAGAUGACUCGGUGCCCGCAGUCUUGCCAG